AUCGUGGUCCAUUGUGGUAUUUCCAUAUAUGUUCUAAAGAUUUUUGGUGAAUGUUUGUUUUUAGUGACGUUAAAGAUUAAUAGUGAUAGUUUGCGACAAUUAUUAUAAACAUUUUUAUGCCGGACAGCCUUCAAGAGCUGUUGUUUUAUGUGAUAUUUGUUUAAAAAUGGUUGAAUCUUGCAAUAGACGCAGAAAAGAUGUGAAAAUGAAGUUUCACAGGUUGGUUUUAAUCAUCUCAUUCAUUUUUGUGUGAGAAUUACCUGUUAAUUGGUAAUUCGAGGAAAUAUCUGGAUUUUUAGGAUACCUAGAGAUCCUAACAUGAGGAAGUUGUGGUUACAUGCUAUAAGAAGAGAAAACUUUACUCCCAGUACAACAACGGUAAUUUGUGAAAAGCAUUUCACUCCAGAGGAUUAUGAAGUUAGUGUUCAUGGAAAUAAGGUACUAAAAAAGGUCGCAGUUCCAUCUGUGUUUGAUUUUCCAGCCCAUCUCAAGAAAGAACCUAGCCAUCGAAGGGUUUUGAAAAGAAAACAUGAAGAAUCCAACUCAAAAGCAACAGAACAAACUUUGGCUAUUGGUGAAGUAGUAGAAGAACCUGAAAAUGGCGAUCAUGCUGAUGAUGGAAAUAUAUUGGUAGCAGGUCCGUCAAACGUAACACAAAAACUAGGAUUUUUAGAAUCAAGUGAACCUUCAAACAUAUGCAAUUUAAGGGUCAGAAGAUCACCAGUAUACUUUGGGCAUUUCAAAAUUUCUGAUUUAAAUAAUGAGCAGCGUCGGAAGAUAUUUUAGAAAACUGCUCAUGAAACUGUUCAUAAGUACAAAAAAGGUACAAUCAGUGUAAAAUUCGUAGACAAAGAAAUAAAAUAAAAAGUCUGAAUAGUCUGGUAGAUGAACUACUUAAGGAGAAGAGAAUAUCUGCAGCUCAGUCAAUAGUAUUACCUGAAUUAUUAAUUACUUAUGUUAAAUACUAAUUUUUAUAUCUUCAAAUGUGUAAAGGAGAAUUUAUUGUAAAGUUUCAUACAUAUGUAUAUAUAAAUAAAUAAACUUGGUUUUUUAAUUAUAAUUGCUUUUUCAGGAUUUUAUCUCGUUCCAGUUGCCUGAAUAACUUUUAAAUCUUCUCUACGAAUCCUCGGUUUCCUAUGCGA